CUUCAAGGCUGUGAAGAACAGCCGUGUCCCAGUCUUCGAAUCUGGAUCCAAUCAACUGUUCCAAUAGCAUGUCUGAAAUGCACAGCCCAGACCCUGAGCAUCCCACCUUGUCAGACCAACUAAGGGAGAGAGACCCUGAGAUGCUUUCCAUCAUUGGCGCGUGGUGGAAACUCACGCCCAUCAAGUAUAAAGAGCCCAUUUUCCGGUUGCCCUCUGGAAAUAUAAUCUUUCGAGCUAUGAGUUUCCCGGUAUCACACCAUCAUGGCUUCUAAUGCACCCUCGUUUCACUCUGAUGCGUCCACCGAGUUUGACCCUGGCUCGGUGGACGCUAAGCUACCAAGUGAUGAUACUAUCACCCGUCGCUACAAGAUCUCCAAUACAGCAUGGCGGCACCAUUACAACGUAAAACUUGCAGAUGAUCAACAAAUAUACAGGGUGCGCGUGUCCGAGUUUCGACCAAAGAAGCCAGACCUCACCUUCCAUGCUGGGAUGGAUGACUCCGGUCCGAUCGUGGCAGUCGCCAAGUUCCAACAUUUUUCACGAGGUAUUCACAUUGGCCUAGGAGAUCCUCAAUCCCCAAGCGAGAUGGUGUGGGAGGAUCUUACCGGCCAAAGCAAAAGCCACAGCAAAUAUCGCUGGGAGAUGGAGGUCCCCACGAGCAAUGGGCCACAGAGGCAGUCUUUCCUGUGGAAGCGGACACAUCAUGUCGGCCUCGAGGGUCACACUUGGACACGGCUCAGCAAUCGCAACUAUAAAUUAGUUGACGAGCAAAGCGGCAACAUUCUGGCGAUGUUCAUGAGCAAUGUGGCUUCGUACAAGGAAAGUGGCAUGCUCCAGCUCUACGUGGAUCAUGGGCAACAAUUCGAUCUUAUGGUCCUUGCGACAGUCCUUUCCUUGUAUGAGAAAGCGAGACGACGGCGACAGAACAGCUCUACCACUGGAGCAUGAGUUGACUGUGGUUGUGGGGACUGGUCGGUCCCUGUGGGGGGGUGCAAGGGGCUAUCCUAGGCUAUCUCUUUAAACACACACUCUGAGAUUUUGUGAUCUUUUUUGAGAUAUCUUCGCUCUGGGGAAUUGCUACCAUCUCAAUGUGAUAUCCAUGAAAUUGUACAGAAAUUGUAGCUAGUUGGGAAAUUGAAUGGAC